AUGGCUGAGAGUAUUCCCAAGCACUGCUAUUUACUGAUUAUUUGCAUUGCUCUUUGGUUUCUUUGUACCCAAUCAGCUCCUGAAAGUGCUCUUGUGACGACCCUUCCUGGGUUCAAUGGCACUUUUCCUUCUAAACAUUAUGCUGGGUACGUGACCGUUGAUGAGAAUCAUGGGAAGAAAUUGUUUUACUACUUUGUUGAGUCGGAAAGGAACCCUUCUACUGAUCCAGUUGUACUGUGGCUGAAUGGUGGUCCUGGUUGCUCAAGCUUUGAUGCAUUUGUCUAUGAACACGGUCCCUUUAAUUUUGAAGCGGGAAAGACACCAAGUAGCUUGCCCAAGUUGCAUAUUAAUCCCUACAGCUGGACCAAGGUCUCCAACAUCGUGUAUUUGGACUCUCCUGCCGGUGUUGGAUUAUCUUACUCAAGGAAUGAAACAGAUUAUGUUACGGGAGACUUGAAGACUGCAUCUGAUUCUCACACAUUUCUUCUUAAGUGGUUCACGCUCUACCCAGAGUUUCUCUCUAAUCCUUUUUAUAUCGUUGGUGAGUCGUAUGCUGGAGUAUAUGUGCCGACUCUUUCUUAUGAAGUUGUAAAAGGAAUAGAUGCCGGUGUAAAGCCUAUUCUGAACUUUAAGGGUUACAUGGUGGGAAAUGGAGUUACGGAUGAAGUGUUUGAUGGUAAUGCUUUAGUCCCUUUUGUGCAUGGCAUGGGUCUAAUCUCAGAUGAUCUAUAUAAGGACGUUGUUUCUGAGUGCAAUGGGAACUAUUAUGAACCAACAAACGAGAGUUGUGCUAGCAAGCUUGACAAAGUUGACGAAGAAGUUGAUGGAAUAAACAUCUAUGACAUUCUGGAACCUUGUUAUCAUUCUUCCGACUCAAUUAAGAUGAUUACUGACAACACAAAGCUGCCACUGAGCUUCAGAAAGUUAGGUGAGACAGAUAGGCCUUUUCCUGUCAGAGUAAGAAUGUUCGGGCGGGCUUGGCCUCUCAGAGCUCCUGUAAGAGCUGGAAUUGUCCCAACUUGGCCCCAUCUUCUCAAAAGCGAAAAUGUCCCCUGCACUAGUGAUGAAGUUGCUACAGCAUGGCUUGACAAUGAAGACGUUCGAGCUGCAAUUCAUGCUGAAUCGGUAAAUGUAGCAGGCCCAUGGGAGCUCUGUACAGGCAGAUUAACCUUUCAUCAUGAUGCUGGGAGCAUGAUCAAGUAUCACAAGAAUCUAACAUCCCGGGGAUAUCGAUCACUUAUAUACAGUGGGGAUCAUGACAUGUGUGUUCCAUUUACUGGGAGCCAAGCUUGGACAAGAUCAAUGGGUUACAAAAUUGUGGACGAAUGGAGGCCCUGGAUUGUAGAUAGACAGGUUGCUGGAUACUUGCAGGGUUAUGACUACAAUCUAACUUUUCUCACCAUCAAGGGUGCCGGACAUACUGUUCCGGAGUAUAAACCACGUGAAGCGCUGGCAUUUUAUACCCGCUGGUUGGAUGGCAAGAAGAUUUGA